AUGUUACAGUUUGUAAAAGAGGUUUAUGAAGGAAGAGGGGCUGUGUGUGUGUUUGUGUCAUGGGUGGUGCUUAUUUCCAUCUCAGGUGCACAAGGUGUAUGUGAGGAUGUGGCCAGGAGUGAGGAAGACAGAGAUGAAGAGGGAGUAAAAGGCAGACAAGAAGCAGACAGACAAGAAGCAGAGAGACAAGAAGCAGACAGACAAGAAGCAGACAGACAAGAAAAACAGAGUGAGGGGGAAGUCAGAGAGGAUAAGGAUGAAGAUGAAAUGGUAGAGAGAGGAGCAGAGAACACAGACGUGGAUGUUACUCGCCAUCAGUUCAGUAAACCCAAUCAACCAGAUCCAAAAUUAAUUUCUAAACAGUCCUUGCCCAAAUAUACUCUGAGUUUUCAAACUCAGUGGUACCAGAAAUUUCCAUGGCUCCAUAUGUUGGCUAGGCAGGGCUUACCUUUUAGAGGCCAUGAAUGUGGUGAAGGAAAUUUUGAACAGGUUCUGAAGUACAAAUCAGAGAAUGACCCCUCUCUAACCAAGUGGUUGACAUGUGGUAGAAAGGAUGUAUAUACUUCAGCUAUUGUUCAAAAUGAAAUCCUAAGUUUGUUCAGCAGCAUGAUCAUACGUGAAAUAGUUGAAAACAUCAGAUCACUUCCACACCUGCAGUACUCUGUGAUGAUGGAUGGGACACAAGAUGUGUCUGGAAAAGAGCAAGAGGCAGUGUGUUUGAGAUAUGUUGACAAGGAUUUAGUCCCUCAUGAAGAAUUUAUUGGUCUUUAUGAAGUUUCUUCGACAUCUGGAGAAAAUCUAGCAAAAGUAGUCAUGGAUGUUUUGCAGCGCCUAAACUUGCCUAUCACUGGGUUGCGUGGCCAAGCAUAUGAUGGGGCCGGAAAUAUGGCUGGCAAAUACAAUGGAGCACAGGCCAUUAUAAGAAAAAUACAACCUCUGGCUCCCUAUGUUCAUUGUGCUGCACACUGUGUUAACCUAAUUACACAGAGGUCCUGUACUGCCUCAAUAUUUAUCCGUAAUUCUCUGGAUUGGGUCAAUGAGUUGGGUGUGUUGUUUGGGCAGUCAGGGAAACUGAAGGACAUAUUUAAGGGAAUUGCAAGGUCUGAGGGGGGUGAGGGUCCAUGUCACACUAUAAGACCUCUGUGUCCAACAAGGUGGACCGUUCGCACUAGUGCCAUCCGCACUGUGCUAAACCAGUACGAGUGCAUAAUCAAGGCUUUGGCUGAAAUGGCAGUGAGUCAGUCUGAUGCGGCUAGUAAGGCACAGGGGCUUUAUGACACAUUUCAGCAGGGAAAUGUUGUCUUUGGUCUUCUGUGUGCUUUGGAGAUCACAGGGGAGUUGGAGGUUUUAAAUAUGUCCCUCCAGAGCACAAUUCAGACCAUAGAUGGGAUGCUUUCAGCUGUUGCCUGUGUUAAGGACAGUUUCAGCAAAAAGAGAAACUCAGAGAGUUUUCAGGCUCUUUACACGAAAGCAACAAGUAUGUGUGAAACACUCCAUCUCGCUCCUAUUGCCGCUCCUCGUGUCCGUAUCCCACCUCAGCGCUUCACAGGUAAUGCUCCUGCACAUGUACAUGUGUCCCCUUCUGACUACUACAGGACUGAAUUCUACAAAUACCCAGAAAUCAACCCAGACAUCUUCAAAGUUCAGCUUGCAUUGUUCAGAAUGAAGUACAGCUUCCAGUCUAGUACUGAAGUUGUUGCAGUUCUUCAAGGAAUGACCCCAGAGGUCCGUGGUCUCUUUGACCAAGUCGAAACAGUUGCCCAACUCCUCCUAGUUGUGCCUGUGUCAUCAGCAGAGUCAGAAAGGAGUUUCAGCAGCCUCCGGAGGCUGAAAACAUGGCUACGCAGCACGAUGACCCAAACUCGCCUCCAACAGUGUUGCUGUGUGCCAUGUGCAUAA